CCUCAGCCCGCACUCCCGGCUCCAGCCCGCUGCCGCUCCGCUUCUCACCCAGCCUGCAGCACAGUCUAUAGGCUGCACAGCAACACAAUCCGCGGGUCCCUAUUCAGUAAUAAUAAUUAAUGCAGACUAGUUUACAGUAUGAAGUGUGUAAUAUAUAGUUUUCGCCCGUUCUUAUUUUUUCGCCUGUUCCUGGGCUUCCGGUGUCCUAUAAGGCCUUUUUUCUCAACAGUAUUCUAAUUCAUUAGCUGGGGCAGUGUUGACUGCAAGCUUGACGACACGGGUUCGAUUCCCGCGGUGUGUGGUGCUGCUGUUGCGAUGGUGUACAGGGUUUUGGGGAGAGCUCUAGGCUUUGUCGGCUUCACGGUUCAGUACGGCUGUAUAGCACACUGUGCUUUCGAGUACAUAGGAGAGUUUGUGGUGUGCUCUGGACCCUCAAUGGAGCCCACUAUCACUAACCACAAUGUUGUUUUCUCUGAGCGCAUCAGCAGACAUCUGUACCGGAUAGAAAAAGGGGAUAUCGUAAUUGCUAAAAGUCCAUUUAAUCCGAGGAUGAAUGUCUGUAAAAGAGUGAUCGGAAUCGAGGGGGAUAAAGUGUGUACCAGCGAGCCCUCAGACACCUUUAAAACACACACUUUUGUACCACGAGGUCACGUGUGGUUGGAGGGAGAUAACCUCAGUAACUCCACUGAUUCGCGGAGCUAUGGGCCGGUUCCCUACGCUCUGAUCAGAGGGCGAGUGUGUUUAAAGCUGUGGCCUCCUGAUAGUUUCGGGGUUCUGCGCGAGAGUCCGAACAGCGGGAGAAUCCAAACCAGCACUGACAGAAACUGAUUAUUUUAUAAUAAAUUAAUAUUAAUUAA